AUGUCUGACGAACAAAUCCAGCAAUUUGUCGCAUUGACCAACACCUCAGUGAAUGUCGCUUCAGAUUAUUUAAACCAGUUUGGUGACUUGGGAGAAGCAUUGAAUGCCUUCUAUGCUACCCAACAGGAUGAGCAAGAGCCUAAAACGAAAGCAUCCUUUGAACAGCCGAUUCCAAAAGCUGCUAGCCAGGGUGAAUUGUCUAACUCCUCGGCGAAAGAUGACGUUACAUACGCAAGAACCUUGAGUGGCCAAAAGAUUGCUUUACCUAGGUCAACACCUUCUCCAUCGCAGAAACCCAAGUCUAAGUCUAAAUUCCAAUCCUUCUCUGAUAUAUUGAAAGGAGGUGAUGAUGAAGAUGAAGAUCGGAACACUUUUGCUGGCGGUGAGACUUCAGGACUUGAAAUCACCGACCCACACGCUAAUGACUCUAAUUCUUUAAUUAGGGAUCUUUUACAAAAGGCACGCAGAGGCGGUGAAAGAGCAGAACAGGAGGAAGAAGAGAAUGAGGAAGCAGAAAGUAAGAAACAUCAUUUUGUUGGUAAAGGUUAUAGGCUAGGAUCCGAUGUUUCUGCUCCACCAACAGUGGUUGAGGAUGAUACCCCGGUCGUAUCAAAACCUAAAAAAGUGACAAGGGAAAUUACGUUUUGGAAAGAUGGAUUCCAAGUCGGUGAUGGCAAACUAUAUCGUUACGACGACCCAGAAAAUAGUUUCUAUUUGAAAGAACUAAACCAAGGAAGAGCUCCUUUGCAGUUAUUGGACGUCGAAUUCGGACAAGAGGUCGAUGUCACGGUCUAUAAAAAGUUGGAAGAGCCUUACGUUCCACCUAAGAGAAAAGUGAGUGGCUUCCAAGGAACAGGUAAGAGAUUGGGCUCACCCAUUCCUGGUGAUGCAGUAAACUCUCAAUCAGCAUCGCCUGCCGAAUCUACUCCAGUAGGGACUGAAAUCAAAGAAAAAUCGCCAGAUGACGAGCUAAAGGGAGACACUAGUGUACAGAUCAGAUAUGCUUCUGGGAAGAGGGAGGUGUUACGUUGUAACUCUACAGAUACCAUCAGAUUCUUGUACCAGCAUGUUAAAGCUAACACAGCAGAAAUGCGCCCAUUUACACUAAGCCAUGCAUUUCCCGUAAAACCCAUUGACGAAUUUGACUCCACUUUGAAAGAUCAAGACCUAUGCAAUGCAGUGGUGGUCCAAAGAUGGGUAUAA